AAAAAGUGUGUAGUGGUUAAUGGCCUAGGAGCUAUGAUGUGUUUGAGACAUUUUAUGUUCCCAAUUCUUCUAAUUAGGAAUUUCUCAACUUUUUGCCAUGUGAUACUCAAAAGAGAUUAUGAACAGUAGAAUGUGAUUAACUUAAUAUUGUGAUCUUAGAUUUCAGCUGUCAGACUAGACAGAAAAUAGGCCUCUUCUGUUUUAGGUAAAAUAAAAACAAAGUUGAAAAUGAAGAUGUAGAAAAGCAAAGCUGUGGAAUUAGGAAAUAAAUAGUAAAUCUUUAUGUUACAUUUGAUAUACUGAAUAAAUAUUGGAUAUAGAUUUGUAUAAAGUUCAAGAGUAUAUAAGUUUCACAUUGUGGGGCUUGAUAUAAUAGGUCUCCUGGCCUGUAGAUCAUUGUCCUGUCAAGAUGUCACAUACUGUGAUAAAUGAUCCUUUGAAAUAUAGGAGGGAAAAGAAAAUAAUGCAUUAAAACCAUCCUUUCCCUUUCCUUCCUGUAUUUCAAGUGCUUUUUGUCCUCUUAUGCUGUUAUUUUAAGUGGGUAAGUAAGCUCAGUGCUAGGAUAUGCUUAGAGAGUUGUUCCUGAUUCAGACUAUUAAUGGUAAAAAAUAUUUCUACUUGUGGUUAUUUGUAGAUGAAACAGGCAGUGGAACAUCUGGAACAGUUCAUUCAAGUAUACCUGCUACUGAGUAUCUUCACUAAAAUUGUAUACAGUAUAAACUUUCAGAUCCUAGGGGGAAAACAGUUUAGUUUGGUGGAAAUAACUGGGUUCCUAUUUCCAGUGACUCUGGGAAUAUAUUUGUCCCAGAUGUGAAUCGGGCUUUAUUGAAGAAGUGACAGAUGAUUCCAGAAUCUAAAGUUGAAGGUCCCUUCCACAACCAGGAAAAACUACACAUUUUACACUUUUUAGGUGGUGGCGGCAGCCGGAUAGACAAUAGCACAUCAACACAUUUUGCAGAGCUCUGGGACCAUUUGGAUCAUACAAUGUUUUUUCAAGAUUUUAGACCAUUUCUAAGUAGCAAUCCACUGGACCAAGAUAAUAGAGCCAAUGAGAGGGGUCACCAAACCCACACUGACUUCUGGGGACCAAGUCGGCCUCCACGGCUACCAGUGACUCGCAGAUACAGAUCUCGAGGAAGUACUCGUCCUGACAGAUCUCCAGCUAUUGAAGGCAUAAUACAACAGAUCUUUGCAGGAUUCUUUGCAAAUUCUGCGAUUCCUGGAUCCCCACACCCUUUUUCCUGGAGCGGGAUGCUGCACUCCAACCCUGGGGACUAUGCCUGGGGUCAAACAGGGCUUGAUGCCAUUGUAACCCAGCUUUUAGGACAACUGGAAAACACAGGGCCUCCUCCAGCUGACAAGGAAAAGAUCACAUCACUUCCAACAGUGACAGUAACUCAGGAACAAGUCGAUAUGGGUUUAGAGUGUCCAGUAUGCAAAGAAGAUUACACAGUUGAAGAAGAAGUCCGGCAGUUACCCUGCAAUCACUACUUUCAUAGCAGUUGUAUUGUACCAUGGUUGGAACUGCAUGACACAUGUCCUGUAUGUAGGAAGAGCUUAAAUGGUGAGGACUCUACUCGGCAAACCCAGAGCUCUGAGGCCUCUGCAAGCAACAGAUUUAGCAAUGAUAGCCAGCUACAUGACCGAUGGACUUUCUGAAGCUAAAGACCACGCCUGAACCAGGGCUAUGGUAGUCUUCUUGCCAUAGCUGUAAAUUGCAUCAAAACAAAAACACAGUAGAUGGAUUUAGGAAUCUCAUAAGAAACCCCAACCCAUGAUAUUAAUGCAAUGAGUGUUUUUCUUCUCUAAAUUUAAAGUUAAUAUUUACAGAUGGAAUUGUAUCUGCAACCAAAUGCCUCUUAUUCCUGAAUUCAGAGUGAUAAUUUUGUAAGUGUGAAACUUAAUUAUGUGGGCUUCCCACCACCAGAAUAGAAUCAGUUCUUUAAAGUCUAGCUAGGGGCCUGCUAUCUGUCAUGUUACCGUAAUGGAUGUUUCCACCUCCUUCUCCAGCCUCUACCCCACCAUUAGUGUAUUUUACAGUAAAUAUAGUGGAACCAGAGCCCUAAAGUCCUGCUAAUAUAAAGUCCUUUUGUCUUAAUUGUACAAAAACAUCUACUCUUGACCACAUUAGCCAUGAGGUGAGGUCAGAUUAAUUCAGGAAUCUGAGACUAAUGAUUUUUGUUUGAUUUUGUUUUGUUUUGCUCCCCAAAGAGCAAAUUAAAGAAAAAUUACAGUGGGAAGGAAAAAGUGGCUUAUCAUCACAUGCUUUCGUUUUCUUGUUUUAAUUUUUAAACACAACUUCAGGAAGAAACCAGUGUAACAUGUCUUAGGAGUCUUGGAUUGAUAGGAGUCUGAUUCUAGUUCCUUUUGGGGAAUGAGUUGGGCAGCAUACAGGCACAGAAAGAAAGAUGUUUGAAAUCUUUGCUUUUGAGAUUUUUUUUUUUAAUGAUCCCCAAUUCAUUGUUUACCGUCUUGUCCUAAGAAUCUUAAAAUAAUUUUCUGCACAGAAAUAAGAUACUUCAUUACUGCUUCUAUAGCCAAUUCACAGUUUUUGGUAAUUCAUUGAUCUCUAGGAAUUAAGAUUUUACAUUGUCUCAUUUUAAUUUUUUAAGCCUAUUUUCAUCUCUGAAACUUUUGUGUUCUACUUGGUUCUGGCUAUACUUAGAGUCAGACUGAUUAAUGUGAUCAUGCCCAAAACAACUUGGCCUGGGAGAGGUAGACCUUAUUUUUUUCAACCUAACAGUAUCCCAUGUACCUGCUCUUUGGAGCAUUUAAGUGUUUAAAGUUGAAUAAAUGAAGGUCAAGAAUGUUGUUGGAACUUCAGAGUCUCAAAAGGAAAUGAUUUGGACAUAUAACAGCUGUUGAUAUACCAAAAAAAGACAUUAAUGGUGCACAGAGGGGUACUAUUUGUAUGGUUACAUCAGCCCUUUAUAGUUUGGAAUGAUCAGAACAAGAAUACCACCACUCUUUGGUGAGUCUCUUUCUUGGUUAGGAGUCUUUCCUAAGUUUUUGUGGACUAUCAUACAGUGAUUUGGGGCUGAGGGAAAGGGGUUAGAGUUGUCUUUGUACUUUGGUAGAGAAUGAAGGAGUUGAAGAGGGAAGAGAAAAAGAGAGUGACCUACUGAACUAAUAGACUGCUUCUUAAAGUUGUGACAAAGUAUAGCAAACAGCAUCAGGCUAAGUUAUCUAAAAUUUUCUUCACUUUUUUUACUCUGAUAGAGGACAUGAGAUUCAUUUUGCUGUCCUACUUAAUGAAUCUGUAGUGUUUCUUGCUAUAAUGGGAGAUACCUCAGACUUCCAGAUUAAUUUAUAUUAAGGAGUUAGGGUUCUUCAGACAUUUAUUAUAAGGAACUGGCUCGCACAAUUAUAGAGGCUAAGAAGUUCCAAGCUCUGCAGUGGGUCAGUUAGAGAUCCAGAAAAGCCAAUGGUGUAGUUCCAGUCUGAGUCUGAAGGCCUGAGCACCAUAAGAGCCAGUGGUGUAAGUUCCAGUCUGAAAGCCAGCAGGCUUGAGACCCAGAAAAAGCUUAUGUUUCAGUUCUAGUUCGAAGACAGGAAAAGACUGGUGUCCCAGCUCAAGAAGUCAGAUAGGAGGAGUUACCUCUUACUUGAGAGAGAGUCAGCCUUUUUGUUCUAUUCAAGACUUCAACUGAUUGAGGGCCACCCACAUUAGGGAAGGCCAUCUGCUUUAUUUAGUCUGCUGAUUCAAAUGUUAAUCUCAUCCAGAAACACCCUUAUAGAUACACCCAAAAUAAUGUUUGACCAACUAUCUGGACAUCCUAUGCCUAGUCAAGUUGACAUAUAAAUUAACCAUCACAAAGAGGAAAGUAGAAAUAAUAUACACAGAUUGUUCCUCAUCCCAUUUAAAUUUUACCAAGUGAAUAGUGUGUCUUUAUGAAAAAUGUCUGCCUUGGCUUAGAGACCUCAGUACUAUGGUUAAACAGUGGAAGAAAUAUGUGGAUGCCAACCAAUUUGCUGUGUGCGUAAUUUCUGGUUUUUUCCUCCUUAACCUAAAUUAACCUGGAAAUUUGAAAGACUCCCAUUCUACGAAAAAACAUUUUAGAGUCAUUGAUCUAACACCAGAACAUGGCUGGGGUUAAGCAGUCUAUUUCUGGGAAUACCUUGCCCUUAAAUGUUUCAAACAGUUUAGACAUAGUGCCCAAGGCAGAAGGCUAGGCAACCUGGACUUUUCAGGUCUUCAUUCUUUUAUAGCUGGAAGGCUUACAUACUCAGGAAUCUGGAGCCUUUAAAGGAGUCAAGAGAGAGAUGAUUCAGCUUUCCCUGAUUGUCAAAGAGAAGAUAAAACUUGUGAUUUUAGAUCUUGAGCCAUUAGUGUGAACUUGGUCUUUACAUUUGUAUUAAAUGGCCUGCUCUUUGAAUUCCAUGAAGAGCUGAACAGAUUAUUUUCUUAUUCUGAAUAUCUUUCCUUCUUUAUCUUGUCCAUUAUAAUUGUCCUAUAUAUACAUACACAUAGAGACUACAUAAAUAUAUAAAAAUUUUUGCCUCUUAUCUGUUAUACUUUAAAACAAGAGGGAAGAAAAUUACUUGGUUAGCACAUGUAAUAAUUGGGAAAGAUUUUUUUUAAAGAUUGGUAGACUUGGAAGUUGAGAGAUUAUAUAGGUCAGUGCCUUGGCUUAUUGCUUCUUGGGUAGUUUCCAGAUAGGUUAGUCAAACCCAUCUUCAUAUGGGUUAGUUCUGGCUGGAUAGAACUGGAGAGUUGGGUGGGAAGGGCAGAGACAGGGACAUUUAUCUGCAACAUCUUUAAAGUUUCAGAAUCAAUGAGUUGGGAGCAGGGAGAAGAAAUAAUCCUGGCAUUAAAAAUUAAUUUUCCUUCAGAGUGCCUAUUGCCAGUUCUCUGAGAAAAGCUGAGAAACCUGGAGAAUCCAGAGUAACAUUUUGUCCAUGUUGCUGUAGCUCCUUGACUUUUCCUUACAAUAAUGAUUUAAUUUCUAAAAAAAAAAUAAUAAUUACUCUGGGCAGAAGAUAUAGAAAUGACGACUAAGUAAAUAGCUUCUGUAGUUCAUUAUAAAUUUUGUCAGCAUUUGUUGCAUAACAUUUGGGCAGGUGCUUCUUAGAUGGUUUUCUUUGAGCAUUACUCUGGUCCAAUAAUUGGUUCUCAAGUUGAAAGGAAGAUUUUGGGGGAAGAACUUGUUUUUUUCGGUAGCUAGUCUCACUUUGAUUAAAUAGUUAGGAAAAAAAUCUUUGUUUUUGUAUUACACAUUUAUAUAUGUAUAUAUGUGUAUAUAUAGAUAUUUAUAUAUUCAUAGGCACAUAUGCACAUUUCGUACUGGAGGAAGAAGGGAUAUGGUGGGCACUGAGGUGCAGUAAGCAAGGGUA